AUUGAACCCUCAGCAAACCUAACAUGGACGAAAUGUUUUGAUGAUUUUGCAUGCGCCAAGUUGCAAGUACCUCUUGAUUAUUCAAACAAAAGCAUCGGCACCACCUCCAUCGCCUUUAUCAAACUAGCUGGCAAGAAUGCUACCGCCGAUUCGCAAAGCAUCGUAGCCAUUCCGGGCGGCCCGGGUGGCUCCGGAAUAGAUCUCCUGUUGGGACUCCGCGACACGGUAGGACAAAUGUUUGGAGAGCAGUACAACUUUGUCUCGUUCGACCCUCGCGGUGUCAACAACAGCGGCCCCACCCUUGACUGCUUCUCAGGGGACGCCCAGGCAAGGGCCACGUUCAAACGGCUGCACUACACGGGCGUGACCAACGUGUCUACCUCGUCACUCCAAGAGCAGUACUCUUCCAGCUCCAUCUACGGACAGCGGUGCAACGAAGCCGUCGAGAAUGACAGCCCGCACGGGUAUUACGUGACCACUCCGGCUGUCGCUCGUGAUCUGCUCACAUUCGUCCAGGCUGAGGCUGAACUGGCUGGCAGGUCACCGCAGGAUGCCAAGCUGUGGUGCUACGCCGGUAGUUACGGCACCGUCGUUGGCACCACUUUCGCUGCCAUGUUCCCGGACCGGAUCGGGAGGAUGAUUCUCGAUGGUGUCGUGGAUGGAGAGCAGUAUUACGACAACAACUGGUGGGACACCAUCGACCAAGCCGACGAGACCAUGCAAAGGUUCUCUACCCUUUGCCACGCUGCAGGCCCGGAGGCUUGCGCGUUCUGGGGGCAAACGCCGGCCAACAUCACCGCCAGAAUGGACGCCAUCAUCCACCAGCUCCAGAACGACCCUGUCCCGAUAAGCCGAGCCGGGGCCGCUGGCCUUCCGUCACUGGUCACUUACUCUGACCUGAAGGCCCUGCUCGUCCAGAGUCUCUACAACCCAUUGCGGUCAUUCCCAGUCCUGGCAAAUAUUCUGCGCCAAGUCGAGCAGGGCAAUGUCACUUCUCUGGUGGGCAUGUUUGACAGCACGAUAGGCUUUGCAGCCGACGCCGGCCGGGUGAUCCGAUGCGCCGACUCUUAUCGGCGCAAUCGACUCACCACGAUCCAAGGGUUCAAGGAUUACGCGGAGCAUUUGGAUUCGCAAAGCAAGUACGCCGGCGACAUGUUUACCAUCUUUGUGGAUACAAUCUUGUGCAGAUCAAUGCAGCCUCGGUUGCCUGACAGCAUGGUGGUCCAAGGUCCUAUCAAGCUGGAUCGAUCCACCGGCUUCCCCAUCUUGUUUACCAAUACCGUAGUCGAUGGUUUAUCGCCCCUGAAAUCGGCACGCCAGGUAUCUUCUCGAUUUCCCGGGUCGGUGUUGCUGCUGCAAGAAGCCGUCGGUCAUGUAGUCGUUUACCAGGGCGGCUCAAACUGUUAUUUUGGUCAUGUCCAGGCUUACCUUCAAGGCGUCGUUCCUCCGGCCAACAUCACAUGCCCGCAGCAAUAUGUACCAUUUAUAGACGGCCCUGUGUGA